CUUCAGACACAUGCCAGUCGCUGGCACUGCACAGCGUAUUCCUUCAGCACCUGGACUUGAUACAUUGCAAUGUGGUGAACAGGACAGACUCAUUAAAGGGGGGGAGGGAUUAUUUCUGAACAAAUGAUCUAAAAGCUAGCCUUGGAUGGACAAUCUAAUUACAACCACGACUGUCAGCUCUGGGGGAGGUGUUGGAGGAAGUAGCAGAGGUGAUCUUUUGCUGAGCGCAGGAGGGCCAGGUGAGAGAGCUGCAUCAGGAGGCUCUGGCGGCACAAGCAGCUCAGUUCUGAUCACAUCCAGCAGCUCCCACGCCGUUCGCUCCGGUGGAUCCGGAGCCGGCAAGGGCACUGGAGGCAUCAGCAUCACUACCCUGGGAGCUUCCUCUGCCGUAUCCUCAGGUGGAGGGAGUUCAGCAGCUUCGGGGGGAUCGGAGGGUUCGGGGGCCUCGGGUGCAGGAGGGGGGUCCUCUGGUUUUGCGAGUGGUGGUAGAGUGGGAAGAAAGGAAGGGGGUCUAGGUUCUGUGACAGUAUCGACCGUGAAGAAGACUCGCUACAGUUCAGGAGGAACUGGGGAAGCAAAGAGAGAAUCGUCCUCAGCAGUCACUUCUUCACCUGUUCCAAAAGAGCAGAAGAGCGUGACCAUGUCCAUGGCAGCAGCUCUCUCAGAUGUCUUUUACGAAAGUUCAAGCACAAACUCCUCUCCAGAGUACAACAGGAAGGAGUACGGCACUUCAAGCGCAUCUUCAAGUUCUGCCACCAGAGGGAGAACUCAGAGCAGAGAGAGUGAGAUCAGAGCCAGGCUUCAGAGUGCUUCCCAUCCAGCGAGUUGGACGGAGCUGGAUGACGUGAAGCGUCUGCUGAGAGGAAACGGCUCCACCAGCCCCAGCCCCACUCAGCCCCCUGACAACACGCUGCCCAUCCCCAGGAAGGCCAGCGUGGAAACUUGGACAAAGAGCUCCAGCACAGACCACUAUGGCAGCGUUUGGCCCGGAGGUGUGAGCAGUAGCUACAGUUACAAUACCAACCCCAACAACCUGUCAGCUACCUCCAGCCUUUACCCCACAGGAGUUCAGAACAACCUGACACUCAGCUCUCCCUCCAUGAGCAGUGGACUAUCUGCUGGCAGCACUGUUCCCGUGUAUGGUGUUCAGAAUAACCUGGCUGGUACCAGCCCUACGCUCCUCUCUCCCACUGGAACCAACACACCAAUAGUUUAUGGUGUGCAGAAAAAUAUGUCUGGCACUGGAAUCAGCACAACCACAGUGAGACCCAGCAGUCCCAUUAAUGACGAGGCCUCAGGCACAGACUUUAAGUUUGUGCUGAUAGAGAAGGAGAUUGGUCCUGUCAAGAAGGAGACCGAGCGGCUGGUCAUAACCAAAGACACGGGGAAGCAGUUCAUGUUUGCUCCGCCUGCUGGUGCUUCUGCUACCUACUACUCUAGGGACUCCCUAAAGAGAGAGAAACAGAGGCUAUCAUCCAGCACAAUGGAGGGAGGAACAGAUGAUAAAUCUCCAACCCUAAAAGUUGCCACAAAAGACAAAGCCACCUAUGCAGAGAUCCGAAAAGAUGACUCAGGCUUCCGCUUCUGCUCCUGCUGCAGCUGGUGGAAGUGGCUGCUCGGCCUCCUGCUCAGCCUCCUCCUCCUCCUCGGCCUCCUCUUUGGACUCAUCGCUUUGGGUGAAGAAAUGAAACGCCUCAAGAGUCGCGUUGAUGCCCUCGAAGCCAUCACUGGCACUGCGUCAGCCACGUCCAGCCGCUUGUCAGCCUCCUCUGGCUAUACAAUCAUCGACCCUCUGGACUCGUCAUACAUCGGCAGGAGUUCUUCUGGGUCCACCCUGACCCGCUCCGACAAUGGGAUCAACCUGGGGGCUGCUGGGCCUGGGGGAGGCGCAGGGAGUGGACCAGGACAGGGCAGCGCCGCUCUGCAGAGAGCCGUUCAGCAGCUGGUCAGGGCUGAACUCCGCUCGGAUGCUGUAAGAGAUACACUUGCAUACUCACUAAAAGGGGAGAGAGGAGAUCCAGGACCUAAAGGUGAUCCAGGCUUGCUCGGACAAAAAGGUGACAGCAGCUUUCCUGGCCUGCCAGGCCCUCCUGGGCAGAUGGGUCACCCAGGAUUGGAAGGACCAAGGGGACCAAAGGGAAGUGCAGGUUCCGAGGGAUCACCGGGCCAGAGGGGCCGGGAUGGACUGAUAGGCCCCCGCGGAGAGGCUGGACCUCCAGGUUUUGGAGAGAAAGGAGACAGAGGAUCUCAAGGCGAGGCAGGACGUCCUGGUCCUGAUGGUGCUGCUGGACCUGUGGGGCCGAAAGGUGCCAUGGGAGAGCAGGGUACCUCAGGAAGCCCCGGUGCUCCAGGUCCAAAGGGUUUCCUGGGUGAAGCAGGAGUACCAGGAGCAAAAGGUGAUCGAGGAACACCAGGGCUGUCAGGAACCAAAGGAAAAGAAGGAGAAAGGGGAUCAGCAGGUGAACCAGGACCUGCUGGACCAAGGGGAUCUAAAGGAAUUGCAGGUGACACAGGUUCGAAUGGACUUCCUGGUGUGAGAGGACCACCUGGACUUCCUGGAGAUGUUGGUCCCCCAGGUGAACCAGGAUCACCUGGUAAAAUCAUCGCUCCAAUUGGCUCCAAUACUGUGGCCAUCCCCGGACUACCGGGGCCUGGGCCUCCAGGUCCUGCUGAAUAUGGUCUGUCUGGUCCCGUUGGCCCCGCUGGUAUUCCGGGACAACCUGGACCUAAGGGAGAAAAAGGAGAGAAAGGCGAAAAGGGAGAGCAAGGAAAACCUGGCGAGCCUGGUAGUGUCACGAGUUCAGAAACUGUCAGUGCUACACAAACCGAGCCUGGCCCACCAGGACCUCCAGGGGCCCCUGGAGCACCUGGUCAUCAAGGUCCUCCUGGUGAGACUACACAGGGUCCUCCAGGACGCAGAGGUCCUGCAGGAGAGCCAGGAGUGGGUUUACCUGGACCUCGAGGAGAGAGAGGAGAACCUGGCAGCUUUGUGCCUACCUCAGAAACCUUUUUCGCUGGACCACCAGGACAAACCAGGACCCCCAGGCCUGCAGGGUUCAACAGUGACCAAGGACCACAGGGGUACCAAGGAACCAGGUCAAAACAGGUCUUCCAGGGGAGUCCAGGGGAACCAGUUCUUGGUUUCCCUGGUCAGCCUGGACCUAGGGGGCCUCAGGGUCCACCAGGCCAAGAGGGGCUUGAGGGGCAAGAUGGGCCACGAGGACCUAAAGGCGAUGCAGGAGUCCCUGGUGCCCCAGGAAUCCCUGGGCCCUCCAAUGGUGGCUCAUUCAGUCCUGGCCCCCCAGGCCCAUCUGGACCACCUGGUGCACCUGGAAGAGAUGGAAUUGGAUCUGGUUCAACUGAUGUGGGCCAGUACAUUGCGGAGUACCUUCAGAGUGCUGGCAUCAGGCAGUCCCUGCCUGGACCUCCUGGACCUCCUGGCCCUCCAGGGGCCCCGGGGCCCACAGGAGACGGGCUGGUGGAUGAUGUGGCCCACCGAGUUAUCGCCUACAUCCAGAGUAGAAGACCAUAUGACGGGACUCCUGGCCCUCCUGGUCCUCCUGGUCCACCUGGCUCCAUCUCUGUCAAUGACGUCAUCAACCUAUUACAACGAGAGGACGUGAGGAGAUACGUUGCUGGUAUUCCCGGUCCACCGGGAUCUCCAGGAGCUCCAGGCCCCGGCAGCUACAGAUUGGACCCCCGGGAGGUGGCUGAACGUGUCCUCACCCUCAUGAAUGAGAGGGGGGUGGUCGGUGUCCCUGGACCCCCUGGACCCCAUGGACCCCCUGGACCUCCUGGAAACUUGUUAUCAACUAGGUAUGAAGCGGGUCUUCAGGGGCCUCCUGGUCCCCCGGGUAUCCCUGGUCCACAAGGUCCGUCUGGGCUAGUAGGUCCACCUGGACCAGCAGGUCCACCUAGUCCCCUGGGUAUCCCUGGUCGACAAGGUCCGCCUGGGCUAGCAGGUCCACCUGGACCAGCAGGUCCACCUAGCCCACCCGGAUCUGGGAACUACAUCAGUUCAGACAUUCGUGACUACCUGCAAAGUGUUGCCUUCAGAGGCCCACCAGGCCCCCCUGGUCCCCCUGGACCCGAGGGCCCCCCGGCUCAAAUCCACGGACCGGUUUUCUAUGCGGAUCGAUCCCGCAGAGAGGCGCUCAAAGCAGAACAACAAGAAUACAUCAAGAGUGACGCUGUGAGCGGAGCUAUGUUCGGACUUCCUGGUGCACCAGGCCCUCCUGGACCCCCAGGUCACACAGGAGAGCCAGGUGUACCCGACGCCAGAGACUUGAACCUGGAUACUGGAGACUACGCCAGUAUGGCUGUUAAAGUAACUGAUUACAUCAAAUCCCGCGGUCUGCUCCGUGACGUUGUGAGAGACUCUGAACGUCUUGUUCAAGGACCUCCUGGAGCUCCUGGACUUCCAGGAAUGCCUGGACACAGCCAGUGGGUUAGUUCCCGUGAAAAUGCCAGGGAUGUGGUGGAAUACAUCAAAUCCCGCGGCGUGCUGCACGACAUCGUGAGGGAAUACAACAGUCGUGUCUUCCAAGGACCUCCAGGACCGCCCGGCCCCGCAGGUCCCCCUGGAAACAGCCAAUUGUUUGGUUCCCACGCAAAUGUCACCGAUUUAGUGGAAUAUAUCAAAACACAUGGAGCCAUUGUAGGACCGCCUGGGAGACCAGGACAGAAAGGGGACAUGGGAUUCCCGGUGCCAAAAGGAGAGAGAGGAGAAUUCACUCUGAUGGCUAAAAGAAGGAGGAGGGACGUCGGUGUUUAAGAGUCAACUUACAUACUUAUAUGGAACUUUAAGUGUUUUACGUAGAGUUUGUGUGGUGUGUAUCUGUUUUUAUAAAAGAUUAGUGAUUGUAUUUUUAUAUUCCUGAAUAUCUACUGUGCUGAGUCGUCUUUGUGAAAUCUGGGUUCCUGUAUAGCUGAAUCCGCUCGUUUGAUAUCUUUUAUUCUGUGGGACUAAACAAAGAGUUGUUUCUCUUUCUUUUUCAUAUUCGUUGGUAUUUUCUCAUUAGAUCAUGUUUUGUAACUCAGAUUCUUUUUUUAUAUAUUCAAUUGUCUUAUAGAAGCUUUUAGCUUUUCAUCACUGUCAGAUAAUUACAAGUGUAUUACUAGAUGGAAAGACGAAACACAACUGUAGUACAGAGGAAAAUGUUUAUUUACAGCAAAAUGAAAAUCUACAUUACACAGGUAUUCUAAAAACUAUACAUUUAUUUAAAAAAAAAUGCAUAAUGAUUUUGAUAUUGUUUUCAGUCAACAUUGAGAAUUUCAUAAAUUUACUCUUUUUGUAGAAUCUAACCGACCAACCGAACAAGAACUGACUGAUUGCUUUUGUAAUUAUAUUUUUGUGUCUGCAAACCUCCAAUGAGUGAAUAAACUACAGUACGGAUGCUGCAGUGUGGCUGCUACAUUUUCAUAGAAAUAGCUACUGAGAAUUUUUGUAAAAAGGUGCACAGCACAACAUUGAAUUUCAUUUUUGGACAUAACAGUUGAGUUAUUAGAUACCUUUGACUAACUAUAACUCUCAAUAACCAAUCUUAAAGAAAAUGAGAUGAUCAAAUGAACGUCGAGAUGGCCUAAACCAGUCAGGUCCAUUUUUUUUGUUUUGUUUUUACAACUGCAUCAAAUAUUAGAUAUUCAUAAUACAUAAGCCUGAAUAAAAAAAUGUUCUGUUUGUUUCCUUCAA